CCUUGUGUAGGUUAUGCGAAAAAUGCGAACAGUAUUUUCAUGCAAUUUUUCUAUUUACACAGCCAAUAUCUUUUAAACAAUAAGUCCUGUACACUUUUUUACCGUCUUUACUAUAUAGUUCAUAUACAGUAACGACGACAGUUCUUAAAUUUUAGGUUCCAAAAAAUUGUAUCUUAUCAAAUUAAAAUGAAGUAAUCGAUCGUACUACAUAAUACUGUUCUCCAGCACCUAGACAUACCCACAUACAGACCUAUGAUCUUAAACGUCCACUGAAAUGGAGGGACAUUAUGUGUCUGUGGAAAUAGUGGCCGUGAAAGAGGAACCCGGGGAAAAUGGUGUGAACGAGGCGCCCGAAGAGCAGACAAAUGUGCCGUCACCUGAAUAUAUUCAGAUUAAGCUAGAGUGUAAGAGAAAAAUUGUCAAGCAAGAGCCCGCCUGUUCCGAGCAGUACAAGGACGUCAUUGAGGCCAAAGAUGACCAUGAAGUCCAAGACGACCAUGAGGUCAAAGACAACUAUGAGGUCAAAGACAAGUGUGAGGUCAAAGAUGACCAUGUGAGCACAGGGAGUGCAGCUUCUAACCACUUAGUAGCCGCGAAACUGGAGCAAGGACCAGAACCCUCUGCCGCCCUACACGCGCGGCUUGGCAAUCAAACAAAACCAUUCUCCUGCGACAUAUGUAACGAGCAGUUUGAGUUCUACAAUCAUUUAACUGUACAUAAGCGACAGCAUAAAGGCAAAAAAGUCUACUCCUGCAAUAUGUGCGAGAAACAAUUCUUACGCCGCAGUGAAUUGACUGUACAUGAACGUUCGCAUACUGUAGAUAAAACCUACUCGUGUGAUUUUUGCGAAAAAAAGUUUUUGCGUUCAAGAGAAUUGACAAAUCAUAGGCGGAUACAUACCGGGGAAAGGCCCUUCGAAUGUGAAGUAUGCGAAAAGAAAUUUGCGCAUGCAAGUAUAUUGCAUUUACAUAAACGCAUUCAUACAGGUGAGAAGAAAUACUCAUGCGAUAUCUGCAAUAAGCACUUUGCGCGAUGGAAUGGCCUGGUUAUACAUAAAAAAUACCAUACAGGUGACAGGUCACACUGUUGUGAUAUCUGCGAAAUGAAGUUUGUAACAUCUACUGAUUUGAAGAAACAUAAACAGACGCAUAAUCGUAAAAAGCCAUAUUUGUGCAAAAUUUGUGAACAACAGUUCGAUGACAAGAACGCUUUAGUGAAGCACAGACAAAGCCAUAUAGGAGAAAACACACGUAAGGAAUUGCUGUGCGACAUUUGUAACAAGUUGUUUGCGAGUUCGGAUCAUGUGUCCAGACAUAAAAAGUUACACAGUGGUGUGAAACCGUAUACUUGUGAAGUAUGCAAAAAACAAUUCGCGAAUUCUAGUUACUUGAUCAGACAUAAAAAAAUACACACCGGCGAGAAACCACACACUUGUGAUAUUUGCGAAAAGCGCUUCACAAAUUCCAAUGGCUUGACUAGACAUAAAAAAACCCACACUGGCGUAAAACCAUUUACGUGUGAAGUAUGUAAGCAGCAGUUCACUGAAUUAUUUAAUUUAACUCUUCAUAAAAGAAAACACACGGGCGAAAAACCGUACUCAUGCGACGUAUGUGAAAAGAAAUUUGCCCGGCCGGAUUAUUUAAAGAUUCAUAAACGAUUACAUGUCGGCGAGACUCCAUCAAAGACUGCUGAGUCAGUGUCAAACGUAAAUGGUUUGACAGAAAAUAAAUAACUAGGUUGAGUUAGCCGUAUAACUAAAAAUUUUAAUGCCUAGGUUAUGAAUAAAUACAAUGAUAUGAA